UAUAAAUAGACCUCAAGACAUGCAACAUCACCUUAAUUAGUAACAAGAGACCAUCACCAUUUCCCACGCUCCUAUCUCCUUGUCUCGCAGUUCCACUACCCAAUCUUCAACACAAAACCACACUCCCAUGGAGGAUCAAAUCCACGGCCACACUCGAAGAACAAACCCAACUUCCACCACGUGCUUAAAGCUCUUCGGCUUCAGCGUCCACGAAGACAUGGACGAAGAAGCAGCGCUUGAAGACGCCUCUGACUCAAUCGCCAAGCCCACUUCCUCCUCCGAUUCGCCGGACUCCGGCGCCGGAGAUGGUGGCGCCGUCGGAUUUCCCCCUUCAUCCGGCGACCGGAAAUACGAGUGCCAGUACUGUUACCGAGAGUUCGCAAACUCACAAGCACUUGGUGGGCACCAGAACGCGCACAAGAAAGAGCGCCAACAGCUAAAGCGCGCGCAGUUACAGGCCUCAAGAAACGCCGCCGUUUCGUUCGUUCGGAACCCCAUCAUCUCCGCUUUCGCCCCGCCGCCGCAUCUCCUCAGUCCUCCGGGACAAGUGGUUGUGCCGGCGUCCGCGCCGUCGUGGGUCUACAUGCCGCCACGUGCUGCGCCUCCUCCCUUCCACGUGUCGGUUUCACACGGUUGUGUGUUCCCGUCGGCGAACAACAAUAACGGCAUCGGUAACUGUAACGGCGGUGGUAACUACAGCAUUAUAACGGGUGCGAGAUCCGCGGGUGCAGGGGUGUUACCGUACGUUGGCGGGGUAGGGGAUUCCUCACCUGCAUUGUCAACUAUGGGCUCGCAAGUACAGGCCCGGGCCCAGUACGGGAGGGUUGAUGGGCCUUCAUUGGGUCGAUUCUCCAAAGUAGAUGUGGGGCCCAGUUUUGAUGAUGGGUUUGGCUUGGAUUUGCACCUUAGCCUGGCCCCGCCAUGAUGGUUUUGAUCG